GCGGACACAGAGGUAUGACCCGUUACCUCCAGCCUCCUACAGCCUACUCGGUAACAUGGAGGCUGCCCGCCCGGUACAGCACCGUUAAUGCUCACUCACUCGGAGAACCGACGAGGUACCAACAUGGCGGACAGAGCAGGACGCCGGGGGAGGCGGAGCUGCACGCAGUGGUGACGUCAUCGCGGCGGACGCCGUCUCCUGCCGGUUGUCAUGGUGACAGAAUGUCGGCAGUGAGGCCUGAUCUGCGCUGGAGCUUAGGUGUGGAGUAGCCGCGGGCGUAUGUACGGGUCAGUCUUAAGACAUGGAGAAACUGCAGCCAGGUCAAGAAAAGCAUCCGCCAAGGUCAUGUCAUGUGACCGCGCAAAAGAAAAGGCCCAGAAACCCCGCCGCGGCUCCGGAGUCUGACAAGGAUUCAGGAUUCUCAGAUGUUGCUUCUGACGGCCUGAGCUCCGUGGAGCAGACGGACAGCGAGGAAUGCCCCCCGCCAUCUGACUGGAGCACUGCCGAGAACCCGGCGAGGGGUCCUUCGUCUCACCCUCCCCCGCUGCUUGUCCUGAAGAAUUUGUUAGUCGAUCAGGGGUCUGCGCCCGACCCACACGUCCAGUCCUGGGCUGUCCAGCCUUCCUUCCAGAUGCUCCCAACUUCUUCACAAAUCCUUCUUUUCCCCCAAUCACUUUCCACUGCAAAGACUCCGUCUGUCCGCAAGAAGUCCCCCAAGUACUGGCCCAUCUUAAACUCUUACACCAAGAUUGCUCCACAUCCGUCUCAGCUGUCCUCCACUUUCACCCGUCCCAGUGCAAACAAGAGGGGGGCCGCCCUAGCCCACCACAGCCCGGCAAAGAGGCCACCUGCUGGGUCACAGUGCGUGACGGCCAAAGCAGUCGUCCCCGAAACCAGUGUCCAUAAGGCUGCAGUGCCCGGGGACGAUGGGUCCUGUUGUCAGCUUGGUCUGACCACACCAAAAGAUACAAGUGCCAGUUGUGCCACGUUAGGCAGAGCCCGGGCAGCAUCCUCUCCCUCUUACAAUGAAGACCGGGCGCUGCCUGCCUGGCAGAACAAGACCCGCCGAUUCCAGAACACCCUGGAUAUCCUACGCCGCUCUGGACUGUUGACCAUUGCCAUGAAAACUAAAGAACUGGCGCGAGCGAACCAGGCCACGCAGGGGCAGCUAGAGAGACUGCAGGAGCAGGUGGGCCUGUACACCAAGGCUGUCUGCAGCAGUGACCCAGACGACUGGCAGCUGCUACAGGACUCGCUGGCGGGAAGCCAUGUGCCGCUGAAAGACGUCGCCAUGUGACGCUGAAUCGGGCUUCGUUCGUUGCUCCGGAGUCCUGGAUGGCAUGUGGAUUACUAUGGCUGCCGUGUUGGCGCUCCCCCCCUUACACACCGUUCUGUAGUUCAGGAUGUCUACACAGGGAGAACAUACAAACUCCAUGCAGAUGUCCCUGAUUCAAAGCCAGACCCCCAGCGCUGACCACCAUGCUGCCCCUCCUGUCACAUCAGGUAUCACUUGCCAUAUGGUCGCCUGAUUAUGGCCCCCUCCACCCCGAGCGCUGCUCCUGUACUGAACUGCAGGUGGAUGGGCUGUUUCUUGCAGGAUUGCCCUCAUCACUGUAUGGACGGGCCCCCAGUUGGCUCAGUUACUCCCCGCAGUGGUAGUUCAGUAGGAACUUUAAGGAGUCGUUAGUGGUCGGAGGGUUAGGACUGAUUACAGCAAACGUAAUGGCAGGGGGCUAAUGCAUUGCCAUCGCAGCCAAGGGUCUAAGGCCCCAGGGUAUAACGGUAAAGGUCCGCCCCCAGACCUCCGCUGACCAUGUGCACUGGAGGUCGGGUCUUUAAAUAUGGCGCCUUAGCAGCCAGGACCCCCGUCAGCAGAUCCGUGUGCGCUCGGCAGCUGGAGGCAUCUGUAUUGGUCCAUGUUCAUAUGUGGCCGCAUUGCUGGGAAGAAUGAUGUUUUAAUA